CGCCCUUCAGCGCUAGAUCGAGUUCUCGGAAAAUCUCUCCCCGCUAGCCGCGCUCAACCAGCUCAGCUCUAAAGGGAGUCGGGUGCCGGGCGAGGCGGGGACCUGGCCAGGAGCUGGUAAGCAGGCAUGACGGCCGAGGAGCGCCAGAAUCUGCACACCUUCAGGAACUACGUCAGGAAGACUCUGGACCCUACCUACAUCCUGAGUUAUAUGUCCCCCUGGUUUAGGGAAGAUGAGAUGCAAUAUAUUCAGACGGAGAAAAACAACAAGGGCACUAUGGAGGCUGCCUCACUUUUUCUCAACAUCCUCGAGGAGCUCAAGGAGGAAGGCUGGUUCCGUGGUUUUUUGGAUGCCCUGAAACAUGCAGGUUAUACUGGACUUUAUGAAGCCUUUGAAAAUUGGGAUUUCCAAAAAAUUGAAAAGUUGGAGGAGCACAGAUUGCUUUUAAGACGUUUACAACCAGAAUUCAAAACCAGAAUUAAUCCAUUAGAUAUCCUUCCUGAAAUAUCCCAAUGUUUAAUUAAUCAGGAAUGUGAAGAAAUUAUACAGGUUUGUUCCAACAAGGGGAUGAUAGCAGGUGCAGAGAAAAUGGUUGAAUGCCUUCUCAGAUCAGACAAGGAGAACUGGCCCAAAGUUUUGAAACUUGCUUUGGAGAAAGAAGAGUACAACUUCAAUGAACUGUGGAUUGUGGAGAAAGGUGUAGAAGAUGUUGAAACUAAAGAUCUUCAGAAUGAUGAAAUGGAAACUUCUGAAGUACAAAUAUUCUACCAGGAAGAACCAGAAUACCAGAAUCUUGGUCAGAGCUCAUGUCCUCCAUCUUCAGAAGUAUCUUAUACCAACUUGUACAGCCCAGUGAAGCCAAGAAAUUACCAACUAGAGCUCGCUUUGCCUGCUAAGAAUGGAAAAAAUACAAUAAUAUGUGCUCCUACUGGUUGUGGAAAAACCUUUGUUUCCAUUCUUAUAUGUGAACAUCAUCUUAAAAAAUUUCCACAAGGACAAAAAGGGAAGAUUGUCUUUUUUGCUAUUCAAAUCCCAGUAUAUGAACAGCAGAAAUCUGUGUUCUCAGAAUAUUUUGAAAGGCUUGGGUACACAGUCGCAGGCAUUUCUGGAGCAACAUCUGAAGAGGUCCCAGUGAGACAGAUUAUUGAGAACAACGACAUCAUCAUUUUAACUCCACAGAUUCUUGUGAACAACCUUAAAAAUGGGACUAUUCCAUCGCUCUCUGUCUUUACCUUGAUGAUAUUUGAUGAAUGCCACAACACCAGUAAACACCACCCCUACAAUAUGAUCAUGUUUAAUUAUCUAGAUCAGAAGCUUGACGGAUCUUCAGACCCACUGCCCCAGGUCGUAGGGCUAACUGCUUCGGUUGGCGUUGGGGAUGCCAAAAACAUAACUGAAGCUGUGGCAUAUAUCUGCAAACUAUGUGCUUCUCUUGACACAUCAGUGAUAGCAACAGUCAAAGACAACUUGGAGGAACUGGAGGAAGUUGUUUACAAGCCCCAGAAAUGUUUCAGGAAAGUGGAAACAUGGACUACCAACAAAUUUAAAUGCAUUAUAUCUCAGCUGAUGAUGGAGACAGAGAAUAUGGCAAAGAAUGUCUUUGAAGAACUUGGUACUCUAACUCUUGAAAACUUAUCUCAUAUUCAAAGUAGGAAAUUUGGUACACAGAAAUAUGAACAAUGGAUUGUUGCAGUUCAGAAAGCGUGCAUGGUGUUGCAGAUGCCGGAUAAAAAUGAAGAGAGCAGGAUUUGUAAGGCACUGUUCUUGUACACUUCGCAUCUACGGAAAUAUAAUGAUGCACUCAUUAUCAGUGAGCAUGCCCGAGUCAAAGAUGCUCUGGAUUACUUGAAAGAUUUCUUCGCCAAUGUCCGAGCAGCAGGAUUUGAUGAGAUAGAGCAAGAUCUCACUAGCAGAUUUGAAGAAAAGCUGCAGGAACUAGAAGAUGUUUCUAUGGAUCCCAGCCAUGAGAACCCUAAACUCAAAGACCUUUGCUUCAUCUUGCAAGAGGAGUACCACUUAAACCCAGAAUCAAGAACCAUUCUCUUUGUAAAAACCAGGGCACUUGUGGAUGCUUUGAAGAAAUGGAUUGAAGAACAUUCUAAACUCAGCUUUCUGAAACCUGGCAUAUUGACUGGACGUGGUAGAACAAAUCAGAAAAUAGGUAUGACACUCCCAGCACAGAAGUGUGUUUUGGACACAUUCAGAUCCAAUGGUGAUAGCAAGAUUCUGAUUGCCACCUCGGUUGCAGAUGAAGGCAUCGACAUUGCUCAGUGCAAUCUGGUCAUCCUGUAUGAAUAUGUGGGCAAUGUCAUCAAAAUGAUUCAAACCAGAGGCAGAGGAAGAGCAAAAGGUAGCAAGUGCUUCCUUGUGACUAGUAAUGCUGAUGUAAUUGAAAAAGAAAAAAUAAACAUAUACAAAGAAAAACUGAUGAAUGACUCCAUUUUAAGCCUUCAGGAAUUGGAUGAAGCAGUAUUUACAAAAAAGCUUCGCAUUAUACAGAAUCAAGAAAAAUUCAUCAGAGAUAAUGAAGGAAAAGCAAAACCUGAACCUGACAAGAAAAAGAAAAAACUGCUCUGUAGAAAGUGCAAAGCCUUUGCAUGUUACACAGUCGAUGUAAGAGUGAUUGAGGAAAGCCAAUUCGCUGUGGUUGGAGAUGCUUUUAGGGAGUGCUUUGUGAGUAAGCCACAUCCCAAACCAAAGAGCUAUGGGAGUUUUGAGAAGAGAGCAAAGAUAUACUGUGCCCGCCAGGACUGCAGCCAUGACUGGGGAAUCUAUGUGAAGUACAAGACAUUUGAGAUUCCAGUUAUAAAAAUUGAAAGCUUUGUGGUGGAGGAUGUUGCCACUGGAACUCAGACACUGUACGCAAGGUGGAAGGACUUUCAUUUUGAGAAGAUACCAUUUGAUGCUGCAGAGAUGGCCAAAUAACUUCAGGGCCUCAGUCUUCACCUACAGGGAAUGGGUAACUUUGAGUGAAGAAAUUAGCCCCAGUAGGUGUAAUCAUGAAUCCGUUGAACCCGUGUGAAGAUAUUUUACGUAAGGCUUGUACUACUGACCACUUUGAAUACUAACCACUUUGCUUCCUGUGUAUAGUUUUCAACAGUUUGCAAUAUAUCAUAUAUGUAAAGCAUAAGGAAUGAACCAUAGCACUUAACAUUUUGUAGGCUGUUAAAAGAGCUCAUAGUACCUGGGAAAAAUUAAAAAGCCUUAACUUCUGUUUCUGUCCUUCCCUUUAGAGCCAACUGCCAGUGUACACACAAUAGCCAAUCAAUAUACAUUGGGAAAAGUGAAUGAAUGAAAUGAAUGUUGAAAGGUUGUCAGCACCUCCCUUUCUUUCCUUAACCUUCUAUAAACUGACUUUUGCCCUUAUCAAUCUACUGAAAUUGUUCUUAAUAGGUCACCAGUGACUCUGGUUGCUAAAUCCACUGGGACUCCUCAGUACUUCUUAGUACUUGACUUCUUUGCUGCUUUUGGCCCAGUUGAGCACUCCUUUCUUGAAACCCUCUUUUGUCUUCCAGACCUCUGAGUCUACUGGCUCUACCCCAGUCUUUUUGAUUGGUGAGCCCUAGCAGUGCAGUGGUUAAGAGCUCGGCUGUUGACCAAAAACUUGGCAGUUCGAAUCCAUCAGCCACUCCUUGGAAACCCAUGGGGCAGUUCUACUCUGUCCUGUAGGGUUGCUGUGAGUCGGAAUUGACUGGAUGGCGAUGGGUUUAAGUGAUGAUAAUUCCAAGGAUAAUUCCACACACACACUAUAUACAUAUAUCCACACACACACCUCUAUGUAUAUAUAAUAGUUAAAACAUAUGCUCAUGUAGCCUAGUAAUCUUAAAACUCUAUAGUGGACAGCUGUUAGGGAUGGGGACAUGUAGAUGAUUUAAUAAUUUCUGAGAAGUUGAUUUCUUUUAGUUCACUAUACAUCUUACCCUAUUAAUUUUCUUAACAUUUGUCAUUGUUCCCUUCGAAUGAUCAUCUCAAGCCAUUUUCCAAUAAUGGUUGAUGUUCUUCAAUGCCUGGUCUGUUCUCAGAUCCCUUGGGUGAUACUGAUGAGGCAGUCUAAUUUGGCUAUCCUUUCUAUUUAAAAAAUUAGAAUACAUGUCCAAAUGGCAUUUCUGUAUCAUUUAGCAAGAUUUGCUGAUGCAUUAGACAGCUUAGUUUGAGAUUUUCUAGACCUAAAGACAACUGCCUGAGUUUUGCUGUCUCCAUUCCGGCUAGGGUAUUUUGUGUUCAGUUCAGGGUACACUGUAUUGUAAUUUAAGCACCUUCCUAAAAUAGAUUCAGACUAGUUGUUUGUAAUUCACUAGGACCAUCAAUGGCUUAAACAAACCUCCAAACAUCUUAAAAUGUUAACAGUCCAAUGAUGGGGGAAGAGUUGCUUCUGGUUCCGUUUAGUUUCGUGGAAAGACCAAUUUGAAGAAACCUGCUUAACUUUACUUAGCACAUAUGACGACAUAAGCCAUUUAAGUAGCACCUAUUUACAUCUGAAGGCUAUAAAUAGUUUGGGAAGGUCUUUUCCUCUAAGAGAAUCCAGUUUCCAAAAA